AUGGCGGACUUCGAUGCAAUAUACCCAGAUGAGACUGAAAGUGAAGAAAAUAUAGAAGAAACACAUGUGACGUUAGUGCCCGACCCGAUCGUCGUUCGUGGAGCUGGUAACAUGACAGUUUUUGGUUUAAGCAAUCGCUUCAACAAUGAGUUUCCAUCAGGUCUUCAGUCCCGAGUAGCUCCUGAGGAAUAUCAGGCAACUAUAGCUCGAAUUAACAGUGUGUUAAAGAAGACAUUGCCUGUGAAUGUGAAAUGGUUAUUCUGUGGCUGUGUUUGCUGUUGUUGCACACUUGGAUGCUCUCUUUGGCCAGUCAUAUGUCUAAGUAAAAGGACACAACACUCGCUUAACAAGCUUUUGGAAUGGGAGAACAGUCGACUCUACAACAAAUUGGGUUUACGUUGGCGUCUAACAAAACAGCACUGUGACUCUUCCUCCAUGAUGGAAUAUGUACUUCUCAUAGAAUUUAUACCCAAAAUACCAAUAUAUAGGCCUGACUAA